GUCUUUGACCACUCCAUCCCAUCUGGCAUCACCUCGCUCGCCACCACCCCCGUACACUCCCUCCUCUUUUCUUGUCAUAUAUCCUCGCUCUUUCUAGGCGUUGUCGGUUUUUCCCCCUAUUUGUGCUCUUCCAUUCCCGCGCUCCCCGCCGCUUGCCUAUUGUUGAAAGGAGGCAUGAAGCACUAUCCUACCAUUCCACGUUCGACCCGAUAGGCUAAGCAAUUGUGCCAUCCAAUUCUAGCGCCCCGUAGGUGAUGCUGGAGCGGGCAUCGGCAUGCCUCGAAUCCGGCGGUCGACAGCUUCUCCGGAGGACCAGACGGUGCUCAAAAAGCCGUCGGAUGCUGCACUCCACAUUCUGGUAUCACGCAGCAGGUGACCUUGGCUUGCCCAUUUGGUGCGCUCCCGCUGCGCAAUUCGAGACGACUACCAUCUCUCACGAGUCAUUGCGCGAGCGGGCCAACGAACAUCGCCAUGGGGGCGUCAAUACUGGGCAAUCGAGUAUAGCGCUCGAGUUCCUAUACCCUGCGAAAACAUUGGCCUUCAUACAGCACCUCUCCAAUAUAGGAUGGGACAACUCGAACGAUCGGCGUAAGCUACACUAUCCUGCCAGUGGAAUCCGACAUUUCUCCUCCAGAUCCGGAAACGUACAAGAGUUUACGAGCCUGGAAGCAGACCCCAGCUUGGCUGAAGAGAACGAAGAAGUGGAAGGCCUCCUCAAGAACACCAACGCGCUGCAGGCGCUCCAAGCGUUGCUCCAGUCGUCCAACGAUCACCGCCGAGAACGUGUGGUAUGGCGCCUUUACGAGUUUGUGGGAGAAGCCGAUCGCACGCCCUCGCUUCGAGCAGAUCUUCUGGAUUACCUCGCAUCAUCGAAGAAGUCUGUCGACGCAUAUCGGUUGAUCCAAGUCUUUGAAUCCCUCGCCAAUCAGGAUCGCCGUGCAUCAUCAUAUUGUGCAGCCAUUACCGCAUACCUGAGACUCAACAUGGUUGGCACCGCGGUAAAGAUACAUGGAGAAGCUGCAGGUCGUGCUACAGAGCUUAGUUUCGGCUCGGAUAUUCUUCUUGCUCGUACUAUCCAAGACAACCAAUGGGACCUUGCUUUUCAAGUACGGGAAGCUUUCGCGUCAUCCUAUCACUGUCUCAAUGACAAGACAGAAAAUUUCGAGCAACAGUCCUCUUUUCUCUGGUCUGGGGUUCUCGCGAUACCUGAGCUUCUUGAACGAGCUGCAUCUUUACUUCAGUAUGCACAACAAUUUGCCCAUAACCUAGCGCCUGCAUCUGAUCGAGGGAAGAGCUUUAAAAUCUUCGCGCGUGCAUUUUUCCCAAGUGUCAUUAAACAAGCGCUGAAAUCGAAAGAUCCUGACGAAAAGUCCCUCCUUGACCUUUUCGACCGUUUGCAGGAACUAAAAUUGAGUCGAAAAGAAUACUAUGAGCUUGCCAUCAGCACGAUGCUCCGUCAUUCAAAAUACAUGCAGUAUACGAACGAGGGCAAGCCUCACUUAAGGCUGUAUUUGAUGUUUCGAACAGCAUAUCUGGAGAAAACGCAGGGGGUUUUUCUGCCUCCUAGCGAACCGCUUAUACGGGCCUUGAUGAAUCACCUAAGUAGAUUCCAAAGCUACAACGACCGGAGACGAUGGAUGAUUACAGUAAAUUCGCUUGUAACCGAUUUGCGUCAAUUUCACAGCACUCCAGGCCCCAACAAUGACCGCAGACUUAACCCUAACAACCUAAGAUUCAUUAUGGGUAUGUAUGCCCGGGCGGGAGAUGCCGAAAAAGUUCACCGAAUUUUUGAUGAGCUUUGUAAAUCAUACGACGAGUCUACUACAUCGACACGACAUCGUAAACAACACAUCACCAGUGGUGCCAUAUGGCCACUUCUUUACGUUCACGCCAGACGAGUUGAGUUGCAUGCUGUGGUGGAACAGUUCCAGCGGAUUUCAAACGAAUUCGGACUGCAGCCUGACACCAGGGCUUGGAAUAUACUGCUUCACGCCUAUGCACGAGCAGAGGAUUUAGAUGGUCUUGUAAAGACCUUCGAGGACUUUUUAGAGAGCGGAAAUGCGCCUGGUGUGGAUUCAUUCGGCCCAGUUCUUGAUAUCUGCGCCCGAAGAGGGGAUGUCGACUCUAUUGAAGCCCUUUUCUCCAAAGCUCGUUUACUCGGCAUUCCAAUCGACAGGUCCGCCAUACUGAGGGGAGCACUGGUGCUGGCGCACAUAAACAGUGAAAAUCUACCAGCCGCCGAAGAGGCCAUGGAAUUGAUGGUCCAAGAUAAACGGGACGGAAAGCUGGACGGUCAGUUGACAACGACCGCAAAUUUUCUCAUCACGGCCUACGCUUUACGACAAGAUUCGACCUCGACCAUGAAGGCUUACGGUCGAUACAAGCCACAUGAUAUACCUUUAGACUCGUACACCUACGCCGCUCUUAUGCAAUCACUCAUAUCUAUGCGCCAGACAAACGCCGCGUUCACAAUACUAACUACCACCAUGCCAAACAAUAACGUACAAGGACACGCCUUUCAUUAUGCUCUAGCCAUUGCAGGCUUCUUGAACGAAGGGCAACUUAAUCGAGCAAAAGAUGCUCAGAAAAGAAUGCUGUUGAGAAACGUCCCUCAUUCUGUCAGCUCCCGCAUGGCCUUUCUCCAGGUCAAGGUCCUUUCAGAGUUAGAUGCUCUCAAAAAAGAACGCCCUGCGAUGGCCAAAUACCGUCUGCCUCGCUUAAAAGAGGUUGAGGAAGAGCUAAGACAAGCUUUGAUGGAAUCCGAUCCCUCGGAGCGUGCACUGAAGCAGCCGCGUCAAGGUAUGCGUCAGACGCCUUUGAACCAAAUGGUGCUUGAUGGUUACUUCGAAACCAUGGUCUUGAUAUACGGAACACAUGGGGCUUAUGACCUGUGCAAGGAAAUGUUUGAAAGUGCUGCUAUGUAUCGGCAGAGCAAUCCGGACGCAUUUGAAGCACCAAUAGGAUUGUUAACUGCAGUGAUGACAGGCCAUCAACGUGCCCACGAGCAUGCUGAAGUGGACAAGUGCUGGGAGCUCGCGAGGCUGCAAGCGGCAAAGUUGACGAAAUUAACUUCCAAAUUUCAGGACGCCCCAAUGCCAGGUGCUCCUCCUUUAAGAGUUGCUCGGAACCGAAGUCAUUUGCUAGUUCCUACAACUCGAGUCUAUUUUCGCGGUCUAGCCUCUCGCAAAGCUCAUAUCACUAUUGGAAAGAUGCGAAAUGUCGUCUCAUCACUGCUUGACGAGGGCUACACAAUCGACAAUCUCACAUGGAACGAGUACAUCCAAUACCUGGCGCGAUCUGGUUAUUUCCUGGACGCCUUUACCGCUUGCGAAUCAUACUUGAUGCCCGACUUCGUUGGGUGGCGCUUCGCCGCACCCCAUUAUCUUCGAGUAGACCCGCAUGGGUAUUUGAGGAUGGAUCUUCGACGAAAGGACACUCGAAAGCAUACAGUCAUGCCCCGAUACAAGACCUUGGUUAUCAUGGCUGCAGCGCUUGGGUACAUACGAAGGCAAGAGGAAAUGGGCAUAGAGCCUGAGCCAGUACAGAAAUGCUCACUUCGUAGGCUUCAAGAAGUUGCCCCCAAGACGAUACGGGCUAUCGAGACCAUGCCUGUGCUGCCAGACGAAAAGCUUCAGAGGCGCUAUUUGAUGGGUCCAAGGACCUUGUAGAUACGGGAAAGAUCCCGACGACGGCGGAUCCACGCAUUCCGAGUCUGGACCUAGUAUUCCCCAUAUCUGUAUAAUUUUGCUCUAUUGUCUUUGUACUGU